GACGCGGGCGGGGCUCGCUUCAUCCCAUCGUGCUCCGCGGCAGGGUGUCGCGCUUCCGCUGCGGGCUCGCUCUUCCGGUUGUAAGCUGCCGGGGCGCAGAGGGCGGUCGCGGCGGUCGUCAGGGACAGCGGCGGCAGAAUGUUGGCUACCAGGGCACUUAGCCUAAUUGGCAAGCGAGCCAUUUCCACCUCCGCGUGUGUUCGAGCGCAUGGGAGUGUGGUGAAGAGUGAAGACUACUCUCUCCCUGUUUAUGUUGACCGGCGUGACUACCCCUUGCCUGAUGUGGCCCACAUCAAGCUGCUAUCUGCCAGCCAGAAGGCCUUGAAGGAGAAGGAGAAGACAGACUGGAACAGCCUGACCAGGGAUGAGAAAGUCCAGUUGUACCGCAUCCAGUUUAAUGAGAGCUUCGCUGAGAUGAACAGGGGCACCAACGAGUGGAAGACAGUCGUGGGCAUGGCCAUGUUCUUCAUCGGCUUCACCGCCAUUAUUCUGGUCUGGGAGAAGCGCUAUGUGUACGGCCCCGUCCCACAUACCUUUGAUCAAGACUGGGUGGCCAUGCAGACGAAGCGGAUGCUCGACAUGAAGUCCAACCCCAUCCAGGGCUUCUCCGCCAAGUGGGACUACGACAAGAACCAGUGGAAGUGAGUGCUGCUCGCCAGCUGCUUCCCCCACCGAUGUCCUGGAAACCACUAUGUCCAGCAGUCCGUGCGCUGCUAAUAAACGGCCGUUUCCAUGA